GCGGGGCUCGGGGCGGGGCCGCCGGGGCCGUUCCCACGCUCGGGGCGCUCGGCGGGGCGGAGCCGGGCGCGGGCAGAGCAGCGCCUGUCCCGGCCAUGCGGAGGGCGCUGAGCACCGCCAUUGGGGCCAUCGGCGCGGGGCGGGCACCGGGCGGCACCCAGGUCAGUGUGCUGCCGUCGUUUGGUUUUCUCUUUGACAUCGAUGGUGUGCUGGUACGAGGAAGGACUCCAAUUCCUGCGGCAAAAACAGCCUUUCAGAAGCUGGUUAAUUCUCAGGGACAGUUCUUGGUGCCUGUAGUAUUUGUCACCAAUGCAGGAAAUUGCCUUCGCCAGAAGAAAGCUGACCAGUUGUCUCAUCUACUGGGAGUGCCAAUUUCACAAGAUCAAGUCAUGAUGUCACACAGUCCUUUGCGGGUGUUCAAACGUUAUCAUGACAAAUGUGUGCUUGUAUCUGGACAAGGACCGCUGCUGGAUAUCGCUCAAGACCUUGGUUUCUGUCAGCCUAUUACCAUUGAAACACUGCGGGAGAAACACCCUUUGCUGGAUGUGGUUGACCAUGACAGGAGACCUAAUGUUCUGUAUCCCUCUGCUGUGGAGCUUCCCAAGAUUGAGGCUGUUGUUUUGUUUGGGGAACCAAUCAGAUGGGAAACCAACCUCCAAUUGAUAAUAGAUGUUUUACUGACAAGUGGCUAUCCUGGAAAUCCGUAUCACCGUGAGAGCUACCCUCACAUUCCGGUGCUUGCCUGUAACAUGGAUCUGAUGUGGGUGGCUGAAGCGCAGUCUCCAAGGUUUGGGCACGGAACAUUCAUGGUUUGUUUGGAAAACAUUUACAAAAAGAUCACUGGCAAAGAUCUGAAAUACGAGGCCUUAAUGGGCAAACCCAGCAAGCUGACCUACCAGUACGCAGAGUACCUCGUCAGGGCUCAGGUGGCGGAGAGGCAGUGGAAACAGCCUAUCCAGACCCUCUAUGCUGUCGGAGAUAAUCUCAUGACUGAUGUCUAUGGUGCUAACCUCUACAAUCGCUAUCUUCAAGAGAACUCCAGAAAAGGCUCAAAAUCAUGGAUUCAGGCUCAAAUUGCUAGUGGCAGAGGAUCUGCCACUCUCUCUCAGGAUGAAGAAAUAGACCACAGCUGGGAGGAUGAAUUCGCUUUGGCAGCAGCUGCCCGCUGUAGGUCUGUUCUGGUUUGUACUGGGGUUUACAACCCUCACACAGAGGUGCCCCUGGAUCCCAGGGAGAGCGUAACUGAAACCGUGUUCCAUGGCCACAGAGAUUUCAGAUUUGAUCCUGGUUUAGUAGAACCGGAUCAUAUUGUACCAGAUGUUGAUGCUGCUGUAGACCUGGUCUUCCGGCUGGAGAACUUUGCACCUAAUUGAGAUGAUGACAUUUCUUAAGGACCGCUCAGUGCUCUGCUUUUCUUCCCCAAAACCACACUGUGCUUUCAAAUUGUGCCACGAACGGCUGCUUUCUAAUUUUUUAACUUUUCAAUUAAUAUGAUCUUAUAUUAAGUAUAUUAAUUUACCUGGAUAUUAAUAUACUCAACAAUUAAUACUUGGAUAUUAAUAUACUUAAUAUAAGUAUAUCAAAUACCAAUAAUGCUUUUUUUAAGGACUUUGAAAUUUGUAACAUCUUGCUGUGGUUGUCCUUUAUUGUCCUCCCAUUCAUUACGUUAGGUAUUUAAUAGCAAUAUUGCAGAAUGGCUUCUGCGUGUUGCUGGCACUUAAGUCCCACAUGAUGGUACCUUCUUUUGUUUGCUGGAAGACUUAACUUCCAGGUGUUGGGGAUCUGGAGCACAUCUGGUUGUGGUGCUGGGGUCACUCACACAAUUACAAAUUGGCUGGUACAGCGCAUGGCAUGUAUGUGUGCUUGUGUUCUGCAAGUAACGAGUGCCCUUUCCGAUUAGAAAGAAGUUCAGGUAUGUUGUGCUGCUUGGUACUUGCUUGCACAGAAGCCCCCAGCCUUUCUUUUUAUCUGUUUUCUAACGCGUCUAGCGCUGACGUUGCUCCACUGUGCUCUGGCAUCUAAAGCCUUAACAAAAAUGCCCGUGUAGGAUGGGGAAGGCUGGCUUGGUAACGCCGUGUCUGGAACUCCAGCUAAGCUGGACACGGUCCCCUAAGGAAAGCGGCCGACAGUGGGUGUCCAUUGUGGCAUAAUGGAAUCACAGAAUCAUAGAAUGGUUUGGUUUGGAAGGGACCCCAAAGCCCAUCUAGUUCCACCCCCUGCCAUGGGCAGGGACACCUCCUGCCGGAUCAGGGGCUCCAAGCCCCAUCCAACCUGGCCUUAAACGUCUCCAGGGAUGGGGCAGCCACCACUGCUCUGGACAACCUCUUCCAGGGCCUCACCACUCUCAUGGUGAAGAAAUUCUUCCUAUAGAAUCCCAGCCUUCUUGUCUCUGCCUUUUAAUCUGCUAUUUUUUGAGGAAUUCAGACUCCUAGAAAGCUUUAGUAGUUGCGUUUCAGGUGUUUCUGCCAGUUGGACAUUGCCACUGGAUGAGUGACUACUGUUUCGGCAAGAAGUGCCUAGUAAUUUACUUGAAGCUUCCUACCACUGUGGUAACUAAACAGCCUUUAGUGUGAUGUAUCUAAUUUUGUGUCCACGUUACAUGUUGUUUGGUUCAUGGGUUUUAUAGCUAUUUGGAAAAAAAAAAAAGUAAUUUAUUUUAUGUUAUUUUUGUAAACUACUUUUAAACUUUUUCAUCCAAAAGAUGUUUUUCAGAAUAUUUUUGUGUUAAUUUGUUACAACACUGUAUCUGGUGUCCUUGUGACAUCAGCUUGGAAAACAUAAGCCAAUUAAGUGAGUUUAAAACCAAAGUCAACUUACACAGAAGUAUCCUUUAACAUCGCCUUGAGGACCGGUCAGGUUUUUAUGGUUUUGGUCUUUCAAAUUAGAAAUCAUACAAACAAAAAUCUGUGGGUCUUCAGCUUUACCGCAUUGUUGCAGAACUGGCGGAAGCAUUGGUGGGCAAAUGAUGGCAUAGAGUGAAAUGAUUCCCUGGCCAGUUUCUUCACUGCUUAUGAUUCUGAAAUCAAUCUGAAAACUCAUUUCACGAAGAGAACAUUUAUGCCAUGGAGUCAAGAUUGUGUUGUUUUGUUUUCUCCAUUUGCAAACCACUGUAAUCCCUCUCUCUGCUGUCAGGAUUCAUUCACUCCUAAUGUGUCAUAAGUAGCUUUUGACAUAUCUCGCUGCAUCCAGUUUAAGAACGCUGCUCUGAACAGUGUAUUUCCUGCUUCCUCACUGGGAAAGUGUUACAGCAGCACCUUUUGCCUUUUAAAAUUGUUACAAUAAACAGAUAUAUGCACCUAUUUCUUUAGCACUUUUCUGUAACGCACCAGUUAUUUGCAAAGUAUGCCAAAUUUUUCUAAUUAAAGAUUGUAGUUCUGUAAAAUGUCAGAGUGACCGAAGUUGUGUUGUUUCAAUACUGGAGGACGUUGCAGAGCUCUGUUACUGCAAGCAGCUUCAGGCUGGCUGCAAAGCGAGGAAUAAAAACGUGAAAGAUGAUGAAGAACAGAAAAUGUUCAAUUUGUUUCUUCUUUUUUUUUUUUUUUCCCUCAGAAUAUGCAUGAACACUUGAAAAGGUUUGUGAAGGAACUGUGUAUCUCCUUGUAAAACUUCAUCCCUCCUGGUAACAUUAACUUGCAAGGCACAUGUAGAAAAAUCCCUGACAGUGAGGCAAACUGCUACUGGGUUUUAACUGAAAGGAAGAUGGGUUGUUAGUCUGUACCCCUCGUAGAGCAUUUUGCUUUACAGGAGUGUGGCUGUACCCUGCUGAGGCUGCUUGAGCUGUCUUUGAUGUGGUUCUUCGUAGGAGCGGAUGACUGAGUCCCAGCAGUGGACAGGGGUGCUGCUGGAUUUGGAGCUGUAUCAGCACGAAGCAAAAAAUGGGCACUUGCUACCACCGAGGGUGGACAGAGAUGAUUGAUAUAUAUGGUUAUGACUGUAAAACACAAAAUGAUAUGUUAGCGUAGCAGACCUUUCGGUGCAGAUGUAUUUCCUAAUAUCCGAUCUAAACCUCCUCUGAUGCAACUUGAGGCCGUUUCCUCUCAUCCCAUCUCUUGUUACUUGGGAGAAGAGCCCAGCGCCCAUCUCGCGGCAACCUCCUUUGCAGGAGCUGCAGAGAGCCAUGAGGUCUCCCCUCAGCCUCCUCUUCUCCAGGCUGAACAGCCGCAGGGCCCUUGGCUCCUCCUCAUAAGAGUUCUCAAAUCUUAGCGUUUUGCCCUCUGAGAAGCUUAAAGAAGGCAGUUGUCCAGGCCCAUCUCCCAUGGAUGUGAGCAGACCCUGGUAGAUCGUUACCUUUGGUUUGAACUGGCCUUCCUGUAGCAUUCUGGGGGAUGCUCAGUUCAGCAGAGCAGCGUCCUGGUGCCCUCCCUGUCCACUGGGAGCUUGUUUCACCCCGGGAUCUACGCAGCCCCUGCGCUUGCCCUGAUAAACCCCCAUAGGCGAGAGGCUGGGGACUCCUUUGUCUUAAACACACAGAUGUGGGGUGUCUCUGUAAGAACUGCAGUUAUUUGGGAAGUGAAAGGAUAGACACGACCCCGAUGAAGGCUGCGGUGGUUUUGCUGUGGGUUCUGCGGGUGUGGGUGAGGGCUGGGAGGUCAUUGGCUUCACCUCGGGCUGAGGUGCUGGGCAGGGAAAAGACAGGAGCCCUGGCAUUGCCAUCCUCUCCUCUAUUCUCUCCUUUUUAUUUUAUUUUUCAGUCGUUUCUUUUUCCCCUCCAUCAUCAAAGUAAUAAAAUGCAAACCCACCGCCCCCACGCAGUUCUCCAACUCUCAGGUAGUUCAGGUUCUCUCUCUGUGGGUGGCAAUACAGGCUUAAAAAAUAGCAGGAGAGAGUGUUCAUAACUUUAGGCGUAAUUUUAAGCUCCUUUGCCUUUCUUGGUUUCAAACAAGCGUGAAAGCGCUUGGUCCCUCUUCAGUGAUUUUUUUUCCUGUCAGGGACUGAGAAAUUGUCCCCCAGGAGUCAGAGAGGAGUCAGAAUUUGGUGCUCGUGAAACCUCUCCUGCUGCUGGGAAAGAGACAUUUACCCCCAAGUUUUGCUCUGUGUUUAGGGGGUUUGUGCUUUGUAAAGCUGACGAAUGUUUGGGCAUUCUUCAGAGCGAAAAUACAUGACUGUGGCUGGAAGUGGCAGUGAAGUUGUCUCUGUAAAACCUGGAAGCCACAUUCUCUCAGCUCUGGGUCCUCAGAACUUCGGUGUCAUCUUAUUUUUGUGUUCCGAAGGGGUUUCUAGGGGAUGGAUGGAAAAGAGGAAUACUAACAAAAUGAUUCACAGGAACAUUGUGCUAAACUUUUCCGGUGUAAGCUAUUUUUGUUGCUGACAGCUAGGAUUGAAUCUCCAUGGAGUCAAUCGUUUGGAGUGGCAGCUGCUUGUGUAGUGGCACCAUUGUGGCUGAACAGUUUUGUAUGUAGCACAAAUACCUUAAUGAACGUGUAUUUAUUGCUUUAAAUUGCACUAAUUGCACAGGCAGCUGGAAGUAGGUGGACUUUCCCGUACCUUUGGCUGACUUUGCUUUCCUCAAGCCCUGCCUUCUGUGAGCGGGUUAAAAGCAACAGUGCUGUGGGGUGGUGUCAAGGGCAGUGAAGCUGUUUUGUCCCCUCACUCAGUCUCACCAAGGAUUAAAGGAAGAUAGAAAUAGUGACCUGAAUAACACUAAGCACACAAGGCAGUUGCUGAAAGAGGUAAAAAUCUCUUUCCUUCAGUGUCACAGGAGAGAAGCCAGGAUUACAGGAGUUUCCGUGAAACUCAAGGGUGUAUUUGUGUGUUCUGUAACUUGAAUAGAAAUGAGUGCUGUCAAUCUUUACUGUGCAGUAUUGCUGCUUAUCCUACACAGACUGUAUAAAAAUGUUUUCUCUAUGCAAGGAUGAAUUCUUCGGUGACAAAAUAUAUCCUGUUUUCAACGAUGACCAAGACAGCCUGCACGUUGAAAGUUUCAGACAGAUGUUUCCGUGGUCCUUUCAGUGUAUAAAAUGAGUCAGCCCACAUUCAGAACAGCACAGGUGGGUUUGCUUUGUGCAGUUAAAGACACUCCAGACUCAGCUGGUCUUUAUUAAAAGUUAUGCUCCUUGUAUUUUUUGGUCUUGGAUGCUGAGCUCAGAAUCCAUCAGAACACCCAGCGAGGUUUACUGCAGGUUUAUCUACUGCCUCUUUCUGAAGCAGAAGCAAUGCCUGUUUGGAAAGGUAAAAAUAUUUCUGAGAGUAAGAAAUGGAUUUUCAAUAGUACUUGAGUGUCGUGCCUUUUUUUACGGAAUUGUAUCUGUGAAUAUGCUUUCUGCCAGCUUAACAGCUAAGUUCAUUGGUAGAGAGAAAAAGUAUUCAUUGAACCUAGACUAUAAAAAACUUAUAGAAUCAUAGAAUAGUUUGGGUUGGAAGGGACCUUAACGAUCAUCAGGCCAGCUUACCUUACUGACAAGAAAAAAGAAAUGUUUGUGAUAUGUGUAGAUCUUCUCCUGUAUCCAAACUAUUCCCCAUUCCUAGAGGAUUCGAGGAAGCGUUCCUAGAAAGGUGACUAUGUCCCUUUAAACUGUUUGUCAUGUGCACUGAUAGUAAACCAACUAAACAGUUGUCAUGAUUGUUCUCAAAAAUAAAUUGAAAUACACAAGCAGACGUGGUGGUGAGAUGUAUUUUGAUUUGCCGUAUGCUUACUAAUGACCGGGCAGCAGAGGUCAGUGCAGACUGGGCCUUUGCAGUGGAUGGUAUUUUUUCCCUCUGCAUAACCUUUUAUGACUUUACCCUGAUCACGUUUUCAGGGGUGCACAAGGGUAUCCUGGGGAGUUUCUGACCACCCACCUUGCUCCCCGUUCCGUCAGAAUUGUGUGUUCUGCAUGUUCUGGCAUUUUGGAAGAUGGCCUGCUAAGCAGCUGUGAAACUAGUUAGUUAUAUUGACCGAGUUGUGUGUCCUUUCUGCUCUGGAAACACCGUGAGAGCUUAUUAGCAGCAAGAUAGGCACGUUCCAAGGUUCACGAGACCAACUCAUCACUGGUGUGUGCUGUGAAGCACAGGUUUGCUUUUGGAGGCCGUGCAUUUUCCAGGGUUUAGAGAACCACUCUACACGUUAUAUUCUAGGACUGUAUUAUAAUAAGGCUAUUAUUUACAUAAGUGAAACCCAGCUUUGUAUAAACUAUUACAUUUUGUCUCAUAUCACAGCCUUGGCACUUGCUUUUACCUUUGUAUUUUUUGGGUGUUUUCCUCCCCCGAAUUUAGAAAUGAUACUAUAGAGGAGCAGAACGUGAAAAAAUAAAGGUCGAUACGUACAAAGCGCAGGCAAAUGUUGAGCACGAAACUUGCAUUAUUUCUCUCUUACAUUGAUUCUCUAGAGCACUACGUACUCCAGUGAUGUUUCAAUAGUCAAUAAUGUGUCGUUAUAAGAGAAUUAACUAAUUAAUUAAGCUAUACCCAGCGCUGUAAGGAACCAGCCUCAGAGCAUGGCCAUCUCAUUGAAAACUACUGAUUGCUGUUAUUGAGGUGGAAGACUGAAUACAGAACAAAGCAACUCAAUAUUUGGCUACUGCAGAUCAAAAACGCAGGCUUAAAACACCAGCUUAGCUCACCUACUGAUGUUAGAAUUAAAGAGCCAAGCAAAAAGAAAAGGGGUGUUGCUUAGUUUAAUUUACAGCAAUUAAAUAAAACCUAGGAUCUCAGUGUUCCCUCGGGAAGGUGCCGUUGUAACUAUAUUGUUUACGCUCAGUCGCAAGCACUGAAAAAGUUAUUUGGACUUCUCCAGCAUUGAGGAGUUUUAGUUUUCAUUCUUAAUCUUCCAGCCAGUUAUGUUGGAGAGCUUACUAAUUAGAAAGAAAUUAAUGUGCAUGCUCUGAUGCAGCAGAUGGGCAGUUGUGGGG